CGAUAUUAUUGUUGAAAUUAGCCCAAAUUUUACAUGCCAAUUGGGUGUUUAAGUAAAACGUAAGAGAUUCACGAUAACGUGGAGUCAUUGAUAAUACGAUUUUCGCAUUUAUAACCAAUUGAGCUUUAAUUGUGUAAAUAAUUUAAAUAUAUUUCGAGUGUUAUUAUUUUACGUGUGAUAACUUUAUUGUGUAACGAUUUAUCAGCAAUUAGGAGUUAAGCUAAUUUAAUUAUUCGAGAGCAACAGACCUUGUAUAAAAGAAUAUUUGUUUCUUUUAUAAUUAUAGGUGGAGUUCAAACCCUUCUCAAGCUAGGUUUGCUCUUCUCUUUAGGUUCUGUUCCACAUAAAUGUAAUGUUUGAUGUAAUUUUUACCUGCAUACAACUUUUUUAGAGUUGCAAAAUGUUCUUAAUUUUUUAACUACUUGCAAGUCUACUAUUCCUUUGGGAUUCAGGCUACCUGUUGUGUUGAUGCAAUAUAUUAUGCUGCACUUUAUACAGCAAACUCAUGAUUUGUUGCAUACCUCAAAGUCCAGUGAUGUGUAUAGGUUGUCCACUUUUAUUGAAAUUUUGCAACUGUAUUUAUUAUUUAAAGUUUUGCUUAAACACCAAAUUCAGGUAGUGAUAAUCGAUGGGAAGAAAUGAAUUUGUGUAACAUUGAUUUUCCAGUGCAUGUAUGUUAAAUAUCGUUUUAAUUGUUUGACGAAAAUUUAUCAUUUCUACCUGUCGUUGUGUGUGGCAAAUAAGGCGAAUUAAAUUGUAAGGACUUUUUAUUUUAUUUUAUCGAAUUGUACGUAUUUAAUGUUGAUUUUAAUGUCAGGGUUCCCAUCAACUUUGAAAAAAAUUAAUUAGGGAAAACCUUGAUGAAAUUAAGUAUCUAAAAUGGUGCUUUUUAGGACUUUUUAUUGUAUGUACGCUAAAAUUCAUAAUAUUGUUAUUUUUGAGUAUUUUUGUUUACUAAAAUGUUACCAUUCUCAUCGAUAAAAAUUGUACUUGAUUUUGUUAUAGAGCUGUUCUGUUCUUGUUUUAAUAUUUGUUAGUUGUAUAAAAAAUUAUCACCUAUAAUACUGCCAAGGAAACAAAUAUGUAUCUGCAUGGAAAGAGGAAAAUUUGGUGGGAACCCUGUAUAAAAAAGGUGAGUUCAUAAAAGAACAAUGCAAUUUUUUCUCUAAACCAAAAACACCCUAAUCUAAUGUAUUUUGAAAAGGGCAAUUUUAAAUACUAAAUCUCAUUUUAUCACUAUUUUGUGUUCGAUUAAUCUACCUCACUGAAACGUUAUUGACAAAUUCGAUUUGCCCUUUUCAAAAUUUGAUAUAUUAAUAUUGUAAAUAAAACAUUCACAGAGUUUGCCAAAUGUGAACGAAAUAAAAGUAAAUUAGCAUUAAUGUAGUUUCAAUUCCUUUAUUAAUUUUAUUUUUUCAUAGUUUCUAAAUUAGUCGACUCUGUGAAUUAAUGGUGUGUAAUGAUAGAUCACUAAAUUGCAUUUUAAUACAUACUUAACAUUUCGAAUAUAUGACAUUGAAGCUGGUGAAACAGGCGUAGUUUUUCUAUCUAGUUUAAUCUUGAAAAAAUUUUACUCAAUUGCUAGUAUAGAUAAAUAAAUAAUUUUUUUUAUUAAUCUCAAUUGGAAUUGAGAUACAAAAUGGUCUAUCAUUAUUUUCAAGUGUUUUUUUAACAGGUGAGCCCCUAUUGCCUCCUGCCCGACACGAUAUGCGCGGAAUGCUCGGAGAACGUCGACAACUUCUACGGCUUCAUAAAGACCUGCCUGCAGAACGUCAUCAUCUUGGAGGCGCAGUACGACAUCCAGGAGUCCUGCUUGAAGUCGAAGCGCAAGCGCGACAAGAGCUCCUACACGGACUUUAAGCACCAAACCGCCGAGCAGGGCAACCAGACCGACGACUUCCUGGACGUCGUCAGCGGCAGGGACUUCGACUCGGUCGCCUUCAAGAGGGACUUCCCGCUGUGCGCCGGCUUCUUCGACAAUCAGCACAAUCUACCGGUCAAAACCGCCGGCAGACUGGUCGAUUACGACGUGGAUUCCGAUUCGAGCGCGGACGAACACUACCGAAAACCGCGCACGUUUCCCAUACAACCCAAAUCGAACAUACUCAAUCUACUCCCGCCCGCCAAGUCGCUCUAUUUCGACGACUCCGAGAAGGAUUUAAUCAACGAAAUCUCGCAGAGGAAGCACCUCAAGCGCAAGGCGGAGUUCAUCGAGCUAUCGAAACCGAAGAUUUUCAAAGCGGACACCUCCAGCAGGAGGAAGAGCAAAAUACCAAAGAAAUUCGACCCUCAGGACCUCAACGAGGACACCGCCAACGCGGAUCUAUUCGGAAACCAGCCGGUACAGAGGGACCUCAACGUCAACGGCGAUGCCGAAACCGCUACGCAAAGUUUUAAUAACCAAAACGAUAAACUGCUGUUCUCUCUGCCGCAGAGCUGUUUGUUAUGUGAUACUCAUUUCUCCGGGCCGGCCGCGCUCGCCGCUCACGUCUUCGAAACGCACGGCAUCGAUAUGGCGGAGGUGGUGUCCUCCGGAUCGGGGGAGUCCUUUCCCGAGAAGAACAAGAAGAAGUUACCGAAUUUACUGAAAAUUACUGAUCUCAAAAAGACUGAUACUUUAGAUGAUACUCUGUCGAUCGAAAGGCAACUGGAAAACCUCACCGGCAAAUCGACGGGCGUGUGCUGUCCGAACUGCAACGCGGAAUUCGGCAACAAGCAGGACCUGAUGAUGCACCUGAAGCUGAAGCACGCCCAACUGGCGGGCUUCGUGUGCGGCAUCUGCCUGCAACAGUGCUCGUCGUUGGUGAAUUUGAAGGCGCACUUGGAGAACUGCUCGCAACAGUACCAGGUCAAGACGAAGUACGCGUGCCAGGUGUGCCAGUACGGCGACGACAAUUUCAAGUGGUUGGAGAACCACGUGCUGGUGCACGAAUUCCUGCUGGACGCCUGCAAGAAGCAGAUGAAAAUGUUCGAUCCGGAGGAUUACAUCGACAUCAACGAGAACACCUGCUACAAGGGUUUGAGUUGCGCCGAAUGCGGCUUGGACGAGUUUUUCUCGUUCAAGGAAUUCAGCGCUCACAGGCGAAACGAGCACAACAUCUUCCAUUGCGAUCUUUGUAAUAAGUUUUACGGUAGAAAUUCGCACUUGUGGAAGCACGUGAAUAGAUUGCACAAGGGACACCCGAGCAUUACCUGUCAGCUUUGUUAUAAAACGUCCGCCUCGAAAUACCACCUGUCGCAGCAUUUCAAUAAAAUUCACUUAGCCAAAGGGGGUAAAAAAUCGAAUAACUUGAGCGGCAAAGACGAUUCUACCAAGUUCUCUCCGUUCGAUUUCCUAUCGAUCAGAGAGAACUAUCUGAAGCAAGAAUUGGCGGAAAACAGCGAGCAAGACGAGCAUUCGGACCAAGACGAAGAGCUGAUUAUCAAGGAAGAAUACGACGAGGAUUCGACCGUCAAGGAAGAACACCCGCUUGCUCCCAAAGAAAUCGAUUCCUCCCACGACAUGUACAACAACAUCAUAACGAACUACACGCCGCCGACGAACGAAGGCGAAUACAAAUGCCCGAAGUGCUCGAAAGGUUUCAACAAAAAGAUCCUGCUCAAGAAGCACAAGAAGAACUGCAGGCCGAGGAUGCAAAAGGACCUCCUGACCAGGUGCAAAACCUGUUCGAGGAUAUUCAAAGACCGCCAGAGCUUGGCGAAGCACUUGGUAAACUACCAUUCAGAGUACAGUUGCGAAAUUUGCUCGGAGAAGGUCCAAAGCAAAUGCGAAAUCGUCUCGCACAUCAGAUUCCGCCAUCCGGGCUGCCCGCUCUUCUGCAGGAUAUGCAAGAACGUCCUGCGAUCGAAGAGCGACAUGCAGGAGCACGUCCGCAACCACUUCGAUUCGCACGUUUGCCAAUUCUGCGGCGAUUCGUUGCCCAGCAAGAUCAAACUGAAGAUGCACAUACUGAGCCUGCACCGGAAAAUCCUCAGCCUGUCGUGCGGCAUUUGCCUCAAGCUGUUCGAGAACCAGCACGUGCUCAGGGACCACGUCAUGCUGGUGCACAAGGACGAGCUGACGCCGCACACUUCUUGCUCCAUAUGCGGCAAGAACUACGGCUCGAAAUGGAAAACGUACGAUCACAUCAACAAAUCGCACGGCAGGAUAUUCAGGGCGUGCAAAACCUGCUUGGAGGUGUUCGAAAACGACGCUCAAUUACAGGCGCAUUGCGACGUCACCGCGCACGGCAAUCAAUUGGGCGGCGGCGCCAACACCGCCGCCCUCCGUAACAGUAUUAUGGCUCACAUCAAAUCCGCUUUGACGAUAAAAAACGAAGACGAUAGUGUCACCGACGACGACGGUAACACCGAUAGCGAAUUCGACAACGACAUGGCAUCGUACGAAGAGGACGGCAAGUUCUACUUCCAAUCCCAAGACGACGCUAAAAUUUCCUUACUAGAAAAGCGAUUGUUGGGCAAGCAGGAAAACAAGCUACCCGUCAACAAGAAAACGAAAUCGACCGGUAAAAGCAAGCAAUCGAAGAAAGAGGAAACGAACUCGUCGAAGCGCACCGUGUACGUCGACAGCUCGGAACCCUCCUACUGCGAGAUAUGCUACAAGACGUGGCCGGCGAAGAAGCACCUCUGGCAGCACUACAUCCGCUGCCACAAGAGCAUCGCCGCCACCGUCUGCGGCAUAUGCCUGAAGACCAACGACGGCUACGCCGCGCUGCAGCGCCACCUCAGAGACAACCAUCCGAAGCUGUUGCACGGCCAGGGUUUCGGUUCGAAUUUCAUAUGCAAGAUUUGCGGCCGCUACCACAACGCCAGCUCGAAGCUGCGCCUGCACAUGGUCAUCCACGAGAACUUCGACUGGAAGCUGAUCGAGGACGUCGACAAGGACGAGCGGCCGUCCGCCAACGGGUUCAAGAUCAAGGAGGAGACGCGCGAGGAGGACGAGGACAACAUCAACUACGACAGCCUGAUCGAGCAGGUCGAGUGCUCGUCGGAGAGCAACGGCGAGGAGUCGGACAACGAGCGCGUCAAGCGCGAGGAUUCUUCGUCGUCGGACGAGGAGGGUAGCGAGGAGGAUUCCGUUCAAAGUUGGGAUCGUAAAGAGGACGAGCAGCAAAAGGCGCCGAGCGGGGUACCGUCGGAGGUGGCGCAGCAACGCGAGCAAUUCUCCUCGUCCAGCGAGGACUCGACGUCGAGCUAUUCGAGGAGCAAGUGCAGCUCGUCGGAGGACGAGUGCUCGCAGGAUUCGCGUUCGGUGUCGUCGCAUUCGCGCGGCAAAUUCGAAUCGUCCGAUCGCAAGUCGAGCUCGGAGAUGGAGUCGGAGGCGAAUCAGGCGGGCAUGUUCGGCAGGAAGCCGGAGGAAUUGGAUUCGGCGAUCAAAUCGAUCAGUUACAACGAAUGCGCCGAGACGGAGGACGUCGACGUCGACGACGAUUACUGCGAGGUGCAGGGCAACUGUUUGAACGAGAACGAAAUCGAAUCGGCGGUCGGGAGUAUAUUGUAGAAGGGAAAUUACACAGGGUGGAAUUUUCGUAAGUAUGUACGUUUAAACGAGAUUCGGCGAUUUUUCUAUGCGUUAUUGUAAAGAUAGAUUUUCAUUGUUUGAUAUAUUGAAAAAAAAUUGUGCAACCUUCGAUUUUAAAGGAUUUAGAAAUAUCGAUCGGCUAAUUGUUGAUGUUCAUUUAAACAUUGUGUGUAAAAGAUAUAUUAAUUAGAAAAAUUGGUGGGUUAUUGUUAAGCUGUAAACGCUUAUUAAGUACUUAAUAUAUUUUUUUGAAAGAAUUACUAUUGUGUAACUCGGCACCGAGAUCAUUAUUAUUAUUAAGAAUAGCGAGAAUUAUUUUAAACACCAAUUUUUCUAUCGCAUUCGAAAUGAUUCUUAUGUAUAUAAAAAUACAAGUUAAAAUUUUAAGCAUUUCUCUUGGUCGAUAUUUUUUAAUAAAUUGUCGCUUAUCGAAACAAAUUCUAAUAGCCAAUCAAUAGAAAUUUUAUAAAAUACUCAUAAAACUAAAGAACUUUAUUAAGUUUACUAAACUAUUAAAAAUGUUUCGAUAUAUUUUAAAUUGAAAUAUUAUGUAUAUGUAAAUUAUAUAUAUGAUGCCAUAACAGAAAAAAAGACUCUGCCCUUUGAAAAUAACGUCGUUGGGUCUAUUUGUUUUCCUCCACAACAAGUCUUGAAUCAGUGUUCUAUUCUAUUUUAAGCUAGUCAGUCAUAUAUGGUUCCUUUCUAUGUGUUUCCUUGAACAAAGGGCGUCUUACUAUAAAAAUGUUUGUAUGUGUGUGGUUUAUAGUAAGGUGUCCGGUAAAGAUGUGUGGUGUACAUGUCGUUUUAUACCUAAAUAACUUUAUUGAGGUUGCAGCGAAUCGCAAGUUAUUUACCGAUUGUAUUUUUUUCGACUUUAUUUAAAGACUGUUUUUUUUUUCUUUGCUAUGAUCUGACUUUUAAGCUUUUAAGUGAAACAAUCUAUUUUUGUAUUUAUUUUUAUUACUUAAAUUUUAGUGUAAGUUUAAAAAUGAUUAACUUCACACAUUCCUUUUUUUCUUCAUACUCAUACGGUUAGUACAUACUUGUAUAUAAAUUUGAAAGUAAUAAAGUAUUUUCUAAAAUAAUUUUUUAAUGCAAAAACGUUUUAUUUAGUUAUUUGGAAAAUACAACUCGCAUCAGAAUAAAAUUACUUCAAUUGAAGUUGUUUUUUAAAUUCGUUGACCUGUUUGAUCAUGUCUGUAAUUUUUUUGGUUCUGAAAAAAAUUGUUACUCAAAUUUUGUAAAAUGAAUAUUGUAGUGAACGAACUUACGUUUCUUGUAAAUUACUUUUGAUGGUGUUUGUGUGGGUCUCGUUUAGUGAUG